UCUAAUUUGGAAAGAGGAGAGGGGGUAAGAAGGGGGAGACCGAGGGAGAGAGCAAGAUAGGAUAAGGAUCAAAUUCUUUUAGCACAAGGCUGCUCAGAAAUGGAACUCACAUUUCAAAACCACACGUCAUCGAUCGUCCCUGUCAUUAGAGGACCCGAGCGCUGGAACUUGCAAGGUCACAGAAAGAAUAUCUUAAGAAUAUCUUCUGCAUUGCCAGAAACAGUUUUGUCUGUGACAAUAGCAACUGCAGUCGUCGGUGCAGCGGCCACUGUUCUCGCAAAAAGAACCCAACAAUCUGAGAAAAGUCAGACUCCAGUAAAAAAUUGUGAAGAAUGUAGUGGUUCUGGUAUAUGCUCAGAAUGCAGAGGAGAGGGCUUUGUGCUUCAGAAACUAUCUGAAGAAAAUGCUGAGAGGGCUAGGACAACAUCUAAGAAUGCGGCUACUCGAUAUACGUCAGGGCUUCCUAGGAAAUGGAGUUAUUGCACAAAGUGUUCAUCUGCUCGCAAUUGUAGUACCUGUGGUGGGAGUGGAAAGCUGAGUUUGUAAAUUUUUGAAAUAUUUCUAUCUUAACUAUAUCUUUUACUCAGCGCACAAGGCAGCAACCAAAGAUAUUUAUGCCUAAACCAUGUCUAUAUACUUAAUCUUGAUGUUUCAUUCAUAUAGAUGUAUAUCUAGUUGUUUGUCUUCA